CUCUCUGCCGAUGGGUCCACUCUUUUCAUCUUCUCCAUUUGCCGCAAAAACCUCCCUUUCUCUCUCUUCACUACCCACAAUCCUCAUUCCCCAGUUCGCUACUUCUUGGGGGGUUUUGUAGAGGUUUUCCCCUACUCAUUUCAUUUGACUAUCCGAUUUCUUUACAAAAGAAAGAUAGCAAGCAUAGACUGAGGGACUGAAAGAAGGAGAUGGGUUCUCUGUAAGAUGUGCCAAGGAAAGGAAAUAAAGGAAAAGACGAGGGAGAAGAGGUGGAGGAAGAGCCAAUAUGGAAGCAGCAAAACCAGAGGUUUUGCAUGUUUCCCAAUAAGUAUCAGCCCCUUUGGUAGAUGUACAAGAAGGCUGAAGCCAGUUUCUGGACCGUUUUGGGUUUGACCGAACUACACAGAGAAACAGAAGAGAACGAUGGGAGAAGAAGGUCGUGAUGGCAGUGUUGCGCCACCCCAUCGAGAAUCAAUUCACAAGGCAACAUUUAUCCGACCCCAAACUGCCCUUGUUAAAGGGAAAAAAAAAUAAAAAUGAAAAGACGCAUUUCACAUGGAGCUGAGCUGUACACUGGACCGCCCAGACAUUUUAUCUCUAAUUAUUACCCAAAAAAAGAAAAAAAAAAAAACGUUUUAUCUCUGAUCAAACUUAUCUCUCCACCACGCGGUCACAUGCUGGCAUUUUCUGCUUUCUAUGGGUCAAUAAUUGCUUUUCUGAAUCGUUUUUCCUGCUUCUGCCGAAGGUUGUUCCCUGUUUACUGUACUGGACAAGUGCAGUUAACUAAAUGGAUGGUUAUCAAUAAAUAAUUAAUUAAAUG